UGAGCACAAGAACAAAACAGUAACCACAAAAUCUAAAGCGCCAAACAUUAUCAACAAGAGAGAAAUUUCUUCUCACAAACUCCUCACAAUCCUCUUUCUAUUACACUGCACGUGCAUUCAAAAUGAAUGCACCAGCUUUCAUCCUAACCCAAAUGCUUCCUUCUUCUCCUUUUCAUCACCACAAGUUUCACUUCUCCGCUCAAAAACCUCUGCCUUCAAAGCCCAGCAGUGCCAACCGGAAAAUUUCUUCCAUCCCAAGAAGAGCAUGUCUAUAUAGUUUCAAUUUUCACAGUUUUGGGUUUAAAAAGUGUAGAGUUAGGAGCUCAGAGAGUGAACAAGUGAAUCAAGUUGAAGAACGAGAGCAGAAGCAGAAACAAAAGCAGCCAGUGGAGAAGAGGGCUUACCCUUUCCAUGAAAUAGAGCCCAAGUGGCAGCGUUAUUGGGACGACAAUCACACUUUUCGAACUCCUGAUGAAAUUGACACCUCUAAGCCUAAGUUCUAUGUACUUGAUAUGUUCCCUUAUCCCAGUGGCUCUGGGUUACAUGUUGGGCAUCCUCUUGGAUAUACCGCCACAGACAUUCUUGCUAGGUUCAAACGUAUGCAGGGUUACAAUGUUUUGCACCCAAUGGGAUGGGAUGCGUUUGGUUUGCCUGCUGAGCAAUAUGCAAUUGAGACGGGAACACAUCCAAAAAUUACAACAUUGAGGAACAUCAACCGCUUCCGAUUCCAGCUUAAAUCAUUGGGAUUCUCAUAUGACUGGGAUCGAGAAAUUUCUACUAUUGAACCAGAAUAUUAUAAAUGGACCCAGUGGAUCUUUCUUCAGCUAUUGAAGAGAGGAUUGGCAUAUCAGGCUGAGGUACCAGUCAAUUGGUGCCCUGCUCUUGGUACGGUUUUGGCCAAUGAGGAGGUGGUAGAUGGAGUGAGUGAGCGUGGUGGUCAUCCAGUUAUAAGAAAGCCAAUGAGGCAAUGGAUGCUCAAGAUUACUGCUUAUGCUGAUCGCCUCCUUGAAGACUUAGAUGCUCUUGACUGGCCUGAAAGCGUAAAAGAGAUGCAAAGGAACUGGAUAGGGAGGUCUGAAGGGGCUGAGAUGGAUUUUCAUGUUCUUGAUGAGGAUGGAAAGGAAAGGGAUAUAAAAAUUACUGUUUAUACCACGAGGCCUGAUACCAUCUUUGGUGCAACAUAUUUAGUUGUGGCACCGGAACAUUCUUUACUUUCAUCAUUAGUGUCUGAUGCCCAGAGCAGAAGUGUGGAAGAAUACAAGGAUCUUGCCUCACGUAAGAGUGAUCUUGAGAGGACUGAGCUUCAGAAGGAAAAAAUUGGGGUCUUCAGCGGCUGCUAUGCAAGGAAUCCGGCUAACGGGGAAUCAAUCCCAAUAUGGAUUGCAGAUUAUGUUUUGGGAAAUUAUGGGACUGGAGCAAUUAUGUCAGUACCUGCACAUGACACUCGUGACUAUGAAUUUGCCACUAAAUAUGAUAUUCCAGUUCGUUGGGUUGUGAAACCAGAUGGUGAAGAUUCUUGUUAUUCAGGAAUGGCUUAUGCAGGUGAAGGCACUAUACUGAAUUCCUCAAAUUCAACACUGGGCCUUGACAUUAAUGGCUUUCCUAGCAAAGUAGCAGCUUCCAAAGUCAUUGAAUGGGCUGAAAAAACUGGAAAUGGGAAGAAAAAGGUGAAUUACAAGUUGAGGGAUUGGCUUUUUGCUCGGCAGCGUUAUUGGGGGGAACCUAUCCCGGUUGUUUUCUUGGAGGAUACUGGUGAGGGUGUUCCACUUCCUGAAGCUGAUUUGCCCCUUAAAUUACCCGACUUGGAUGAUUUCACUCCCACAGGGACGGGAGACCCGCCACUGUCAAAAGCUGUUUCUUGGGUUAAAACUACAGAUCCUUCAUCUGGAAAACCUGCCAGAAGAGAAACAAGCACUAUGCCACAAUGGGCUGGUUCUUGCUGGUACUAUUUGAGAUAUAUGGACCCAAAAAAUUCCGAAGAGUUAGUUAAUAAGACAAAAGAAAUGUAUUGGAGUCCAGUUGAUGUCUAUGUUGGUGGUGCUGAACAUGCUGUUCUCCACUUGCUUUAUUCAAGAUUCUGGCACAAGGUGCUUUAUGACAUCGGUGUUGUGUCAACCAAAGAGCCCUUCAAGUGUGUCAUAAACCAGGGAAUCAUUCUUGGGGAAGUUCAAUAUAUGGCCUGCAAGGACCCAGAUGGAAACUAUGUGUCUGCAGAUUCUGCUGAUGCAUUGGGUGAACUUCAUAAAGAAAUAAUUCCUGAGGAGAAGGUGAUGAAAUCUGGGGAUUCCUUUGUGCUGAAAGAUGAUCAUAAUAUUAGUUUGAUUGCCCGUGCUCAUAAAAUGAGUAAAAGUAGGGGAAAUGUUGUCAAUCCUGAUGAUGUUGUUUUCGAGUAUGGUGCAGACUCUCUUAGGUUAUAUGAAAUGUUCAUGGGACCAUUUAGAGACUCAAAAACAUGGAGUACUAGUGGUAUUGAAGGUGUAUAUCGAUUUUUGGGAAGAACUUGGAGGCUGAUUGUUGGUCCACCUUUACCUAAUGGUGCUUUUAGAGAUGGAACAGUGACAAUUGAUGAUGAACCAACUUUCAAACAACUACGUACUCUACAUAAAUGCAUAGCAAAGGUAACAGAGGAAAUUGAAGGGACACGGUUCAACACUGGAAUUUCUGCAAUGAUGGAGUUCACUAAUGCUGCGUAUAAGUGGGAUAAACUUCCAAGGUCAAUUAUGGAAGCAUUUGUUUUGUUGCUCUCACCGUAUGCACCUCACAUAGCUGAGGAGCUUUGGUUUCGAUUAGGUCACGCAAAUUCAUUGGUAUAUGAACCAUUUCCUGAGGCUAAUCCUGCUUACCUGAAGGAUACUUAUAUAGUCCUACCAGUUCAGAUAAAUGGCAAGACAAGGGGUACCAUACAGGUUGAAGAAGGAUGUUCAGAGGAGGAUGCUUUCAGAUUAGCUUCACAGGAUGAGAAACUCUCCAAGCAUCUGGAUGGAAAAUCUAUCAAGAAAAGAAUCUUUGUUCCAGGAAAAAUACUAAAUGUUAUUUUGGGUUCUCAAAAUGUUAAGGCAGGUGUCCGAUAGUCCAUCUAAUCACAUUGGAAUUAGGUUGCAAGUCAUUUUAAAUUGGAAGAGUCAACUAUGAGUUCAAUCCUACUACCAGUGAUCUAUGGAAUCUGUGCUUCAAAUUGAAUAUAAUUCUUUAGGAGAGGCAAGUAUGCAGCGUGACGUUUUUCACUGAAUUGGAUGGCCACAACUGCAUCUAGAGGAUGGUUUCAUUCAAGAUAGAAGAGUGGCAGCAGAAACACUUUACUAAUUAUAUACCUCAAGGGACUUACAGUUUGAUUUUUGGAGUGGAUAUCAGGAUAUGUAAAAGAUUUUGUUGGAUUCAUUUGUUCUGGUAAUGCACCUGGUUGAAACAA